AUUUAUUACUACUUCUACUGCUGCUGAUGCUGAAUUUACACUUCCCAAUUUGCAUGAUACUGAACAGUAAAGAACGACUCUGGGUCAGGUCAACUCUCACCCAAUCACAAACUAGCUUCAACAAAUAGGUAAGUCAAAAAUUUCAGAAAAAGAAAAGGAUGCUUUCUUGUAAUUUCGUAGUGGGUUUCUGUUUAUGAAGCUCGGAUUAUCGUUUUCUUGAGCUGGGCAGGCAUAUCGGAGGAAAAAGUUGGGAUCUUUACAUAUUUUGAUCCUAAUUAUGCUCCAAAAAAUUGAAGCUUUGGGUUUCGAAAUUUAUGGCUGAAGUAAUCGAGAAAUGGGGACUUGACUUGGGAACUGUUUUGGAGAUAUUGGAUUGUUUUUCAAAAAAAAUUGGUAUUUUGGUUGAAGUGAGAUUGUUACUUCUUUUGAUAUUCAUCAUAUUUUUAGGGAUUUUGGUUUUAAAAAUUUGAUCUUGCAGUUGAAGUGAAUGGGGUUGUGUUUGGAUAAUUUUGGUGGUGGAAAUGUUGGUUAAUUUCUUAAUUUUGGGGUUUUACUUGAUGCAGCAGUUGUUUGAAGUUUGUAGUUUGUAGUUUGUAGCUUUCUUGAUUCGUAUAGUCAUUGCUUGCUAUGGAGAGUGGCAAUGAUCUGUCACCGUCCUUGAGUUUCGCCUCGUCUUCGCAUCUAUCAAACGGUUCGAGUGGCCACAAUGUAGCUUCGCCUAACGGAUGUGAAGCAGGGACUAGCCCAGAGUUGUUGAGUUUGAGUAGGCUUAGCUUGAGUCUCGAGAAGCUGGUGGUUGGUGCUGAUUAUGACUAUAGUGACGCGGAGGUAGAGGUCGAGGGAGUGAGUGUAGGUGUCAACCGUUGCAUCUUAGCUGCACGAAGCGAGUUCUUCCACCAGCUGUUUAGGAGCACGAGCAUUGAGGGAUCCGUGAGGGAAGGGAAGCCCAAGUACCUGAUGAAAGACUUGGUGCCCGUGGGGAGAGUAGGGCACGAGGCGUUUAUGGUGGUUUUGAAUUACUUGUACACCGGGAAGGUGAGGGCGUCCCCAACUGAUGUGUCCACCUGCAUUGAUGAGUCUUGCGCUCACGAUGCUUGUGGCCCCGCCAUCAAUUACGCUGUGGAGAUGAUGUAUGCUUCUGCCACGUUUCAGAUUGCAGAACUCGUGAUGGUUGUUCAGCGACGUCUCGUUAAUUUUGUCGAAAAAGCUUACAUUGAAGAUGUGAUGCCGAUCCUCAUGGUCGCGUUCCACUGUGGCUUGAACCAGCUUCUCUCGCAUUGUCUCCAAAGAGUAGCCCGAUCCGAUGUAGAGAACAUCAUCCUUGAGAAGGAGCUUCCCGUCGAGGUUCUCAACGAUGUCAAAUCACUCCGCCUCAAAUCCAGCCAAGACGAGGAGCACGACUCUGUCCAAGUCGACCGUUUGAACCGUGUCAGGAAGAUCCACAGGGCGUUGGACUCGGACGACGUCGAAUUGGUGAAGAAACUUCUCAAAGAAUCCAGUAUUUCCUUGGAUGCGGCCUGCGCUCUCCAUUACGCCGCUGCUUACUGCGUCCCUAAGAUCGUGAACGAGGUUCUAAACCUCGAAGACACGGAUGUCAACCUCCGGAACUUGCGGGGAUACUCGGUCCUCCACGUCGCUGCGAGGCGCAAGGAUCCCUCGGUCGUUGUCGAGCUGCUCAACAGGGGCGCCAAAGUAUCGGAUGCCACUGGAGACGGACAGACGCCUCUCACAAUCUGUCGGAGGCUGACGCGCCCCAAGGAGUUCAAUGAGGCGAAGAAGCAAGGCCAGGAGACGAACACGGACAGGCUAUGCAUAGAGGUCUUGGAGAGAGAAAUGCAGAGGACUCCAUUGGUCGAAAAUGUCAUCUCGUUGUCGUCGAUGAUGGUAGCUAAUGAUCUGCACAUGAGGCUUCUCCUUCUUGAAAACAGAGUGGCAAUGGCACGCUCCUUGUUUCCUCUCGAAGCCAGGCUGGCGAUGCAGAUAGCGGGUGCAGAUUCAACUAUGGAGUUCGCUGGAAUUUCAGCUGCAAAUGGCGUCUACAAGAGCUUUAAAGAGGCCGAUUUGAACGACAUAGCUUCCGAGCAUGUAAGGAGGCUCCAUUUGAGGCUCCAAGCCCUUCAAAAAACUGUGGAGAGCGGCCGUCGCUUCUUCCCCAACUGCUCGGAAGUUCUCGACCAGCUCUUGGAGGACGACACUCUAGGCACGCUACUGCUAGAGAAGGGCACAAAGGAGGAGCAACGGAUGAAGCGGAUGCGCUACAUGGAGCUGAAGCAGGACGUGAUGAACGCAUUCAACAAGGACUUGGCCGAACAAAAGUGGACGAGAAUGCCGUCGUCUUCCUCGGGCUCGAACUCCCCUAAGGGUAAUAGAAUCCAUAAGGUUAGGAAAAGAUAGGUGUGAUAAUACGAAAAUGUGAGAGAAAUAUCUAUGUAGUACUACUCUGUUAUUGUAGAUUAUUAUUGUUUGUGUAGUAUAUUUCAUUUGUGGCAGAAAAUUUGAUUUACUACAAUGUAAAUAUUACUACUAUGAACUGGGUUACAUUUUGUGAUAUAGGUAUAUAUGUGAAAUUUUUUUAGAAUCA